AAAAAUGAUACCAAUUAUCUCAAAGAAGAUUAUCAAACCUUCUUCUCCCACCCCAUCUACUCAAAGAUGGCACAAUCUUUCCCUUAUUGAUCAAGUUGUUGAUAAUUUAUAUAUGCCCUUUGUUUUUUUCUAUUCAAACCAUCAAGUGGCUACAAUCCCAAAACACCAGUUUUCUGAAUUUCUAACAAACUCUUUGUCAAAAACUCUAGCAUCUUACUAUCCAUGGGCAGGAAGUCUAAUAAACAAUGCUACCAUUGAGUGUGAUGAUCAUGGUGCUGAGUUCUUCGAAGUUGAAAUCAACUCAUCCAUGAAUGAAGUUAUUCAUAACCCUGAUUUGACAUUCCCUAAAGGCUUAUCUUGGGGGUAUUUGUCUUCGUCGACAUCUGGUGUCUUAAUUGUCGUACAAUUAAGUCAUUUUGAGUGUGGAGGAAUCGCGCUUAGUCUUUGCAUGUCCCACAAGGUGGUGGGAGACGCGUGCAGCGCUUACUUCUUCUUGAGGGAUUGGGCUAGGUUAACUCGAGAACCAAAAUUAGCAUUAUCUCCUCCAUACUUUGUUCAGGACUCACUAAUGCCAUCAAUACCAUUUGAUGUUCCUCUAUUCCCCCUGUUAUUGAGCCAAAAAAGGAAAGAUGUAUUCAAAAGAGGUAGUGAGUGCCCUCCUCUACAAAUGCGCCGCUUCUUCUUCUACUACCAAAUCAGGACGAUCUCAGUUAGUCCAAACAUCAAACUUGCGAAGUCAAACACCACUACCACCAACCAGCAUAGGAAAUAUUGCCACUAUAUUUUCCACACCAAUAUACAGAACUACGAACAUGACCUCAAACUUCCAAAAUUAGUAACCGAUAUAAGAAAGUCCAAACACGACCUACCCACCAGAAACAAUCUAGAAGAAAAUGAAUAUGUCGAAGUGAUGUUGGAGGCAUAUAAAACAGGUAAAUUACCAUUCCAUCAAAGGAAUUGUGAUAUUUAUACUAUUACUAGUAUAUUAGCAUUCGAGUUCGAAAAAAUAGAUUUUGGAUUUGGGAAACCUACAAGAGCAAGCCAAGAAAGUGGUUCAUUUAGCAACUUGUUUAUCUUAAUGAAUACACCUGAUGAUCAUGAUAGAGCAGUUGAAGCCUUUGUAAAUUUGAAUGAACAACACAUGUCUAUUUUCAAGAAUGACAAGGACCUCCUCCAAUUUGCUACUCCUUUUUAAGGGCGUCAAAUGAACAGGUCAAAAUGAACUGAGUUAAUAACACGUAGUUUACUUUGAAAGUUAGGUCAAAGUGUUCUAUUUUACUUUGAAAGUUAGGUCAAAGUGUUUUAUUUCUAGAGUUUGUAGCACCUUUUUGAGGUGCAAUAUUUCAUUUUCUUUUUAUUUGUUUAUUCAUUUUUG